UUAAUGUGAUAAGUAUGGGCCUUUAUAUGAUUCAGACAGUUAAUCCAUCUCGUCUCGGUGACUCAGACUCGAUAAGCCUCUAUGUGUUUUAUCAGCAGCUAAUGGCACAAAAUGAAGAUGCCGUAGGCACUACCACGCCUAUUUUAUGAGUAAGGAUACCUAAUAUUCGACUCGUCGCCUCCUUACUUUUAAUUAGUAAAUUGCCAAAACUAGCUAUGCAGAUUUUUAUCUCAUCGAGUCUGUUCUAACUCCUGUAUAGUCUACUUUACUGUUAUGUUUACGUGCUAGCGACAAAGCUGCACACUUUCUAAUUUAAGAAGUGUUAAACGCGUUGCAAGAACGUAAACGAUCUGUGUCGAGUAAUGAAUAUUAAGUAUUUUGUUUUGUGUCUUUUGCAGGGUGUCAUUCGGUAGUUCCAAGGGUUCCAUGGUUGAAACACUAGUCUACGACCAUCACGAAGAGUUGCCAUAUUUGCCUCCUUUCAACACAGCAUUGGUGCAAAAUAACGGAAAGCCCGCAAAUCCGCCAUCCAAGGUUCGCGUAUCGUUCUUCGAAUCGCAGCGUCCACACUACGUUACAACACCCGAAUCUCCCGACGUACCUCUGGACGUCUAUCUUCCCGUCAUGUCGGCGUCAUCGGAAGUGCAAUCGCCAAAUUACGAAAGGCAGCAGAGCGUCGACGGCGGAAUCGACAAUCCGUUCCGGCCAGACGGAGAGCUGAGCCGCGAGGCCGACACCAUUGUCAGCCUCAUAAAGGAAGGCAAGCCCAUCACGCCCGUUGGGAGCGGGCCGGAGGUGCCUGUUCCUACCACCGAGUCGCGGGAGGUUCUGUCGGCACCGGAGGAACAGACGGACCACGUUGCUGGAGGGGUCUCUGAGAUGGUGGAUGGGGGUGGCGCGGUCCCAGCUGGGACCGGGACUGGCACCGGCACCCCAGACUGCGGAAAGGCGGGUGCCAACGGCAGCGCGCCAAAGGAUGCGGGGCCGGCGGAGCCCGGUGUGGUGGAGGUCCGUCGCGGGAUCGUCGCGCCGCCCUCUGAUGCCCCACAAGUGGAGCAGGUGGUCAUAAAGAAAAAGCCAAAGUGUAAGUGUUGCGUGAUUCAGUAAUGAGAGAUCGAGAGACUGGCUUUCUUCGGACGCGCGUCCCGCGAGAGGCGGGGCGUCGGUCGUACUCUGCGACGCUUUCAACUGUCGAGACGAGUCGUCUUUGUGGUUUUGUAUUUUGUACGUGGCAGACUUUUUAGUUUGGUUUCUAGAAGGGAUGGCGGAGAGGACGUCCACGUCGAACAACCCGUUGCCGUGGAGUGCCUCUCCCAGUAUCGAUUUUGUUUGAUCCGGUGGCCUUAUGGCAUUGCGGUGAGCUUAAUCCGAAAGUACGGCUUAUUGGAAUAAUAAUAAAGUAAUGGCAUCACCACAAGAAACUCGUGAUUUUAUAAAUCACUCUUAAUCUUUGUAUUUUUAAGUAUUUAUGUGCAUUGUCAGCACAGAAUUUAACUAUCGGUUCCCGUUGCUUAGCUAUCCCGACAUUUUAUUUGUGUGCCUUUAUUACAAUAUAUAUACAUACAUAAAAAUACAUUCGUACAUAUAUAUAAUAUAUAUAUGCAGGCUGAAAUUGAAGUGCAUUCUAGUAGGAAAAUUAAUUUUUUAAUUCAAAACUGUAAUGUAUGUCAAGAAACGGAUGGAGACAUCCGACUGGUCGAAUUUUGAACACAACAGACAUAUUUUUCUUUUUUAAUAUCUUUGUUAUCUGUUUGAAUAAAUUUCAUCCAGACAGACUGCAAUUAUUAAAUAAAUAUCCUUCACUUAAAAACAGAUGCUGGAAAAUCAUUAACUUUUACAAACCAUUAAAACGUGCAUUUACGGUGUAAAUAGUUUACAUAUUACUUUUGCUACAUAGAAAGCCAUCUAUUUUCGGUGACAGAAUUUUUACCAGACCCACAGUGGAAGACCGCACGCAGUUUACUGAGGGGCGCAAGACACCGUAUACGAAAAAACCUUUGGGACGAAACCCCCGAGUGCCCGACGCACCCAAGCCAUAAUAUGCAGCAGGCUAACAUAAGGCAGACUAUUGAAUACUUUCAAAAAUAACAAUGUUUUUUUUUGUUAAUGGCUAUGCGCGUCCACAACCUGUCGGCGAUAAGAUCCCCAAAUGCAGCAUUUAAGAUUAGAGUAAAUGUACGGUUGUGAAUUUUUACUGCAGAUAUAUUUAUAAAAAAAAGCAGGUGUAAUUUUGUAAAUACAAACUUUUUUCGAUUUAGUCACGUUUUGAUAUGUUUAAAUACAGUUUAGUCUUUUGUUUUUUUUUAAAUACAUAUAUAUAUAUAUAUGAAUGGGUUAUAAAAAGUGAUUAUUUAUCUGGGAUUUGUACCAUAUAGAAAAGUAUUUAUUUAAAUUUUUUGCUACAAAUUUUUUUGUUGUUUUUGAAAUGUGUGUAGACUAUUGCAUAGGCCAUAUUUUUUAUUUACUCUAAAAUCAUAGACGAUUGUAAGAACAUAGUUCCUGUUAUUUGUUGCCAUGUCAAUUUAAUUUAUUUUUAUGCUCGAGUGCUUAAGACUCUGUUGACGUAUUCUUAAUUAUAUUCUGUUCCAUACUUUUUCCGAGUAGCCUGACACUUUUUGUGGAUUGCAAUGUCUGCAAUCUCAAAAACUGGUCAUUUUUGUCCCUUUUCCUCUGUCGGUUGUUCUUUGCACAACUUUUAUGGACAGACGGUGAGAUUGUCGCCACUGUUAGUUUAUGUUUCUUUUGAGUGACAAAAUUUUAUGGUGCGGCUGGAAAAUUUUUUAAUGUAGAUUAUGGUGUAAAUUAUUUGCACUGGAAAUUAUUUAUCAAUAAAUUUGAAACUAAUGCAUGAAGAUUUUUCUAAAUGAAAAUCAACUAGUCACUCAAGUUAAUGAAAAAUUACUUAGCAAUUGUAUAAUAUACAAAAGAUAAAUGUAAAAUUGAUGUUUGCAGAAAUAUUUCUAUGCGAGCGAUGAUCAUCUGGCUAUGUUUCUUAUACGUAUAAAAAUAUAUAUAUAUAUACACAUAAAUACAUGCAGAACUAUUCAUGAUGUAAUGGGGAAGGCAUCAGAAAUUUAACCAGGAGAAGAAACUGCUAAUGCUCUGACAAAAUAUGGGCUUAACGUAGCAUUAGAUUCAGUCACCUCUGGAUAUUCCCGUAGCCAGAUACUGCAACUCGCGCACGUGACGACUGAAGUAUCUCGCGCCACAGACGAAAAAUUACUUUCCAAGCAAAACCAUCCAACGCGUCCCCGUGAAAUAUGUUCCUUUUAUCUGUAUCCAUUAUUGACAAUAGAUAAAAUUAUGUAAAUUUCAAUUGCUUGCAAUUGCUUUCAUUCUGUUUGGAAUAAAAAAGGUAUCUAUGACUCUCUAA